UGUCAGACGGCUCCAGACGGCUGGAAGAACUCCGUGCGCCACAACCUCUCCCUGAACAAGUGCUUUGAGAAAGUGGAGAACAAGUCGAGCGGUGCCUCGCGCAAGGGCUGCCUCUGGGCCCUGAACCCGGCCAAGAUCGACAAAAUGGAGGAGGAGAUGCAGAAGUGGAAGCGGAAGGACCUGGCCGCCAUCCACCGCAGCAUGGCCAACCCGGAGGAGCUGGACAAGCUCAUCACGGACCGGCCGGAGAACUGCCGGCGGCCUGGGAAGAUGAUCGAUGCCGACGUCUCUGGCCGCCUCUCUCAGACUGUGAUGACGCUCUCCAUGCCUCUGAUGCGCCACCGCCGCCAAGCCCAGACACCACAGGCAUGCAUGGCGCCCGAAUCCCCAGCACCCGCGCAGACGCCUCCUUCGCACAAUGCCCUGCACGACGCGACACCUGGGCUCAUCGCUGUGCAGCAGCACCACCACCACCACGACAACGCCGUGACGCAUGGCGGACACGACUUCCUUGGCGCCAUGAUGGCCGACAUGAAUGCCGAGGUGGACGCCCUUGACCCCAGCAUCACGGACUUCGCACUGCAAGGUAACCUUUGGGAAGAGAUGAAAGAUGAGAGCUUCAACCUGGAGAGCCUGGCCGCCUUCGACUGCGGCCUUGGUCUGGCCGUCACGUCCGGCGGGAGUGACCACUCCUUCCCGGACGUACAGGUCACUGGCCUCUACGCCACUUACGCCGCCAUGGACGCCGUUGCAGUGGACUCCUCCGCCUCGCCGUAUCUGAAUGCACAAGGGAGCGGAAAGCCCAUCACCCUCCUCUGAAUGGGAUUUGCCUAUGGACCCCGCUACAUCCCCUCAAUAGCUCCAUAUAUUGCUACAGAUUGCAGCUCCCAUCAUCCAAGGGCACAGCUCCAGAUAUUGCUACAGACUGCAACUCUCAUCAGCCUUACCAAUCAAAGGUUAGCGGUCCCACAAAUGCCGGAGGGCCACAACUUUGGCCACUGGUCAUUUUGGACCCCCUUUUGCUGACCGCACAAUAACUUGACCCUCAGAACCGGGGAUUCAAUGGAAACCUCAAUUGAACCGAAGGCAGAGACUCUGUCUCCAAACAGACCAAGAAACAAUGAAGUGCAUUAAUUAAUUAAUUAAUUAAGGGUUAAUUAACUUUUACAUCUUAGGCAGAACGUAGGGCUUUGGGCAUCUAGGCAUUUGUAGGGCUUUCCUUGAUUCGGGUUUGUAAACCUUAUUUAUGACUUAUUCCCUGUGGAGUGAGUCUCCCUUGGAAGACGUAAUGUCGGUUGUGAUAAUUUAAUAUAAGACUUAGUUUAAAUAAAAUAGAGUUAAUUGAUUAAUUAAAAA